AUGUCUGUUCCUGAGAGCACCGAAGCGCCGAUGGAGCCAUUUCGGUACACCCCAUUCUCCUCUCAGAUAGACUUGCAUUUCUGGCACAAACUCAGUGACAAGAAACUACACGAGCUGAAGCUCUGUGAAGAUCCUGUAGAGUUCCAUGCGGAGUACGAAGUGAACCUCAACAUCAAAGACGCCGUCGCUUGCGUAAGCUACGAUUCGUUUGACGUUUCGGCUGGAAACUCUCGUGUAUACCGUUUGGCGGGGAAGUUGUUGAACAAAAACAGCAUCGAAACGUUCAAGAAUUGCGACAAGAAGAACCUCCUGGAAACUUCGAUGAACGAGAUCAUAGCGAACAUAAAAUCGGGCGCUGCUCUCGAAGAUCCUAAUCUUCUUAAUCGAAUUCUCCUGCUGUCGUACGCUGACAUGAAGAAAUAUUUCUUCUAUUAUUGGUGUGCCUUCCCUUCCGCCAUGCUCAACGAUACCCAACACCAGCUGGGAUCCGUAAUUCCCGUGAGCGACAGGCUCUCGGACCAGAACCGCGAACGAUUGGCGAAAAACGUUGGAAACCUACCAUUCGCGCUGAUAAACAAGACUACCUUCGAGCGGUGUCCCGUCUCGAAAAUGAAGGACGAUAUCAGUGGAACGCAUUACAUCGUCUUCGCCGAUCCUUCAUCGUCCGAGACGAACGCCGGUUGGCCGCUGAGGAAUUUUCUGCUCAUGACCGCCUAUCACAUGCCGAACGAAACGUCGGACUUUGAAGUGAUCGCCUUGCGGGGAACACCACGGACGUUUUUCGAAAAAUCCAAAAUAUUUUCAGUCAGACUGCUCAAGGUGACGUUCGAGGAGCCCGGGUGGAUUUACGUGGGCUACGAAAGGAACGAGAAAGGCCAGUACGGACCGAGACUCGCGAACCUCUCGCACUGCUUUGAUCCGUUGGUUCUAGCUCAGAACGCCGUCGAUCUCAACUUGAAACUGAUGAAGUGGCGUCUGGCCCCCGAUCUCAAGCUGAAACAAAUAUCUGAGAUGAAGUGCCUUUUAUUAGGGGCUGGGACUCUAGGCUGUAACGUGGCUCGCUGUCUUCUGGGCUGGGGAGUGAAACAGAUAACCUUCCUCGAUAACGGCAAGGUGUCGCUAUCUAAUCCCGCGCGUCAAUCGUUGUUUAAAUUCGCCGAUACUCACAACGGCGGUCGUCCCAAGGCCGAAGCGGCUGCUGCAGCUCUCAAGGAUAUCCAUCCGGGAUUGAACGUUCAAUAUACAGAUCUAAAAAUCCCGAUGCCGGGUCACGCUGUAUCGGCGAACGACGUCGAACCUGUGCGCGAGGCGGUGGAGAAACUCGAGAAGCUCAUCGAAGAGCAUGACGCCGUUUUCCUCCUGCUCGAUACCAGGGAAGCUCGCUGGUUGCCGACGAUGCUCGGAGCUCGGCAUGACAAGAUGGUCCUCAACGCAGCGUUGGGCUUCGACUCGUUCCUGGCAAUGCGACACGGUACGCUCAAGAACAAGCUGGGAUGUUAUUUCUGCAACGAUAUCGUGGGCCCCAUGAACUCGACCAAGGAUCGAACGCUGGAUCAACAGUGCACCGUGACCCGACCCGGCGUGAGUUUCAUGGCGGCGUCGUUCCUGACGGAGCUUUUUGCCACCCUCGUGCAACAUGAACAUGGGAACGAUGCGCUCCCGGACAACGCCUUCAACGACGACGCGGAUGAGUUGGACAGGAAUGAAAGGGACUCGCCAAAUAAUGUUUUGGGUCUAGCACCCCACCAGAUCAGGAUGUUCCUCAGCAGACUGCACUUCAUGACGCCGAACACGCAGCGUUUCUCGAUGUGUACUGCUUGUUCUCCGAGUGUUCUCUCGGAGUACGGGAACUCGGGUUUCGAGUUCCUGCUCCGAGCAUUCAACGAACCAGACUUCCUCGAGGAAUUAACGGGUCUCAAAGAGAUGCAGAGAAUGGUGGAUGACAUGGACGUCUUGGCCCUGGGGGAUAGUGACAACGACUUGUCGCCGUAGACGAACCUAUUAAUCUGCGGAGGAGAAACAAGGCUCUUCCCCGACUGGUGCGGUGGGAGAUAACCAGAUAUCGUGAUAUUUGAAGAAAAAUAUUCUGCUCGCUGAGCAUGAUGAAAUAAAGUAUUA